AUGGGGGAAGCACUAUCUGCCGAUGAGGUUGCCCGCCGUCUUCAAGAAGCCCGCCCGCCCGCGACCGACACCUUUACCUACCUCGCUCUUCUCGACCAGCACAAGUCCCCCGAGCUCUUGCCUGCGCUCUUCGACAUCCUGCAGGAUGCCGAACUCACCAAGUCGAUUGGGUGGGACCUCGUCGACAUGCUCAUAGACGUCCCGGGCAGCGCAGAUUGUCUCGAGACUGUCGCCCGCCUCGGAAACCCCCGCGAAGUCAUCCUCAAGGUGCUCGAGGUGCUCGAAAAGAUGACCAUCCAGGACGAGGAGGACAAUGAGGACAAUGAAGAGGGCAUCCGUAACGGCCAAGACGAAGCCUCGCCCGAUAUCCCGAGCUCCUCGUCCAAGUUCAUCACCUUGCUGGGCAUGCUCGGCAUUCUCCACAAACGCCUCAAGGUCCGCUAUCCGUCCCGUUUUCUCCAUACCACGCUCCAGACCGUGAACCGAUGCUACGUCCCCACGCGCGAGCGGACCGCCGCCCUCGUCAGCUUCCACCACACUUACAACCCCUUUGAGGUUACCGACCCGUCUACGAAUGCCCCAGAUCCCGAGGCUGAGGCCGAAGACCCCGUCGAGGAGGAUCUCAUGGCUCGUCUUUUGCAGACUUUUAUCGUUUGUGUCUUUGAAACCUUUGUCAACGCAAACGAGAUUGGGUGGGCCUCUCGUCUUGUCGAGUUCUAUAAUCCGACCAAGAUCGUGCCUGGACGCAAGACCCUUAUGCAGUCCUUUCGCGAUGACCCCGACCUGCUAGCUAGGGAUGCCCUGCUUGGGCAGUUGGCGCCCGACUCCGAGAACCCCGAUCUAAUCAAGCUGCCUACUACCGGCAUGUGGUGUCUGACGGCGUACUGGGUAUUCGCUUCCGAGGUAUUCGAUAGCGCCUUCAUCAAGCCCGACAUGUACGUGUUCCCGGAUUUGCACAAGAUGGUGCAUCGCUACCUCGGUGACGAAGACGCCCAAGCCAAGAUUAUCGAGGCGCCUGGCGUGGUCGAGUCUCUUGUCGUCCUCGGCUCGUGGCUGUACGAGAACGAACGCAUAGUCUCUCCGAGGGUCGAACGGCCUCCAUUUAUGACGUUCCACCACUACCUCACCCUCUGCGCUGUUUUCCACCGCUCCCUUCCCAUCCGGCAUGCGGCGACCACUCUAGCUGGUCAGAUCCUCCAUGCCGAUCCCGACGAGGACGACCGCCUCAAGAUCCUCGACGACCUUCUCGAAAACUGUGUCUUCUCGUCACUUCAGGCUUGUGCAGUUACGUGGCUCCGCGAAGAGCUCAUCCACGCCGCCAAGGCCAAGGUGGACGGCGUCUUCUCCUCUUCCGAAUGCAUCGAGUCCCUCCAGUACAACCUCUUUCCCAACGUCUCGGAGCUCGCGAGCGCCGGGACCGACGAGCUUGUAGAGUUCUGGGCGGAGAACCACCCAUUCCACCUCCAGGUCGCCAACUUUGCCUACUUUUUGCUCGCUGGCAAGGAUUUCAGGGGCCUGGUUCCAGAGGGCAUGGCAGCCGCCGUGGGCCAACGCUACGUCGAGCCCAUGAUUGCGAUUGCGAAGACGCUGCAGGGGAAGACGGAAGGCGAAAAGAAUGCGCCGCCUGCGUUUCACAUGGAUGUGCAGUUUUCCCUCGCUAACGUCGUCGUUGCUGCUGCUGUGUCUUCCCGCGCGCACCUCCGCGUUCACCUCCACGUGCACCUCCUCGCACACCCCCUCGUGCGUUUCCGCGUCCACUUCCUCGUGCAUUUCCGCGUCCAUUUCCUCGUGAAUUCCCGCGUCCGCGCCCCCGCCAUUCUGUCCUCGCGACGGCCGAGGUGA